GGUCAUUGACUUGAUGAAAUGACAGAUUGUUGUAUGUAUAGCCCACUGCCUGUUCUAUUCCAUUGUUUACACGCGACAACGAAAUCGACAGCUGCAGUGUUGGGAGAAGAAAACCGGAAAAAAUUAAAACAGGCAGCUUGUAAGGCGCGAUUUCAUGUCUUCAGAAACAAUUAAUUUCCUUAGGUGAUUGAAGAUUUGACUGUGGGUAGCGCGACUCACUGAGUUGGGAAACAAUGGGGAUUUCAACCUGUUUCGUUGGCAACUGUUUCAUCCGAGCAAUUUUUACCCUCCAUUUCCUCGCGUUUACUCAUCAGCAAUUCCAUAGCAAUGAGCACAAGUGGAUUUGGAAAGAUGGCGAUGUAAUGCUAAAGGGAUUGUUCCCGAUAACGUCACAGAAAGGUGGAAAGUGUGAACAUUUAAAACCUGACGGAAUCACUUGGAUGAUGGCAAUGAUAUACGCGGUCGACAUGAUCAACAAUUCGACUUCGCUUUUGCCAAACAAAACUAUUGGGUACCAAAUUGAGGACACAUGCGAAAGUAUCCCUAGAUCGAUGAGUUAUGCCAUACAAAUCGUUUCGAAAUAUCGACCGAAUUCGAUUUGCAUAUCGCGCGACGAUUGUUGUCAAAACAGCAGCGUUUCCCACGCAGGAGAUCGACGAAUUUCUGCGGUUAUCGGUCCUGCAGUUUCGUGGAUUUCGAUCCCAGUGGCAAGGUUACUGGGUUUGUACGGCAUUCCGCAAAUAAGCUACGCUUCGACGAGCCGUAUUCUCGGUGAUAAGACUCGUUACAACUCGUUUCUCCGAACUGUGCCUUCGGACGAAUUUCAAGCGCAAGCAAUCGCGAAAUUCGUCCAUUAUUUUAAGUGGAACUACGUGUUUUUAAUCGCGAGUGAUGACGACUACGGGAAGUUGGGGGCCGCCGCGUUUAAAACCGCAGCUAAAAAAUUGAAUGUUUGUAUUGCCAACGAUGAAUACAUCGCAUUUGGUUCACCUAAUUCCGACAGGCAAAUUGCGGAUACAAUGAACAAGUUAAAAACUGCGGAGCGAGCGAAAGUUGUUAUUGUCUUUAGUUACUUCGAACAAGGAGAAAGACUGUUAAAACAGGCCGAAAAUAUGGAGGUUUCAGAUCGCACUUGGGUAGCGAGUGAUGGAUGGAGCUCCCUCAGUUCUGAGAUGGCCAAUUUGAACGUGAGCCAGUCUAUGCUACUGGGACUGUUUAGCUUCUCAAUUCGCUCAAAACAGGUGGAAGGAUUCGAAAGGUUUGUACGGGAAUAUUCAGUUCGAGAGGCUGUGAAUAAUUCGUGGUUUACCGAGUACUUGGAGGAAAGUUUGCAUUGCCAUACGACCCUCAGAUCAUACUCUGAUCCGUUGCAACCCACGACACCUAAAUGCAGUCUUAAUGCAGUGCUUCCCUCAGGCCACGAAAUCGGCAAAGAUUUCGUAGCUAAUGUUAUAGAUGCUGUUUUUGUUGUAGGUCAUGCAUUGCAUGAUAUUUUUACUUGCAACGAGUCGCAUUCGCCAGAACAGUGUUCAAACGCUAGCUCACAGAUUAUUACCCCGGAGAAAUUGUUCAAGUCCGCGUCAAGGGUUCAUUUCCAAGGAUUUGAUUUCAACAGAGUCAAAUUUAACCGAAAUGGCGAACGCACUGCCAGUGAGUACGUCAUAAGAAAUCUUCAACUAAACAAAGACAAACGCCUGGAAUACGCUGAAGUUGGGUACUGGAGUAAAGAGAAUCAUGUUGUGAGUUUUAUGGUCAACGAAAGCUUGAUCAACUGGAAUUCAAAUAAGAAGCCGCUGUCCACCUGCUUCCGUGUGUGCCGACCAGGUGAACGAGUGGUUGGCCAAUCAGAAUGCUGCUGGAACUGUCAAAAAUGUCUCAAAGGCACUGUGAGCUCAAAGUCGGGUUCCAUUAAUUGCUCGCCGUGUAAAGAAACCCAUUUCGCAAAUGAGGAAAGAACUGAAUGUGUUUUACGCCCGGUAGUCUACCUUAAAUCGUCCGACCCCGCCGGUAUUGCUUCAAUAACGCUUGGGGUCGUUGGCAUCGUUAUCUUGACCACUGUGACAGUUAUUUUGUACCAAAAACGUAAAACACCAGUUGUUAUGGACUCCGGUCUGUAUCUCCUGACUCUGUUCUUCGUUACUUUGUACCUGUCUUUUAUCUUGGCCAUUGUUCAAGUAACAAGUAAACCAACUAAUAGUUCUUGCACAGCUGUCAGUGUGUUACUGCUGUUAAUUUGUGUGUUCUACUCGGCUUUUUUCUUAGCCAAGUCGAACACUUCGACGAAAUUACUUCAGUCAGCGGUCUCACGUGUUACUAGCAUGAGUACGAAUUAUCUACAGCUUCUUGAAGUGGGCGCAGUAGUUGGGAUUCAAGGAAUUUUGAUAAUCGCAUGGCAAGCAACAGCCUCAACAGUGGCUCGUUUUCGGAACCAAGAAGAUAACACGCGAUUACUUGAGUGUUACGAAAGUUUUCCAGCUUCUCAUAUUAUUGCUUUCUGUUAUCCUGUAACUGUACUUGUGUUAGCAACUCUUUUAGCAUUCCGCGAGAGACGAUUAACCGAGAAUUUCAACGAGGCAAAAUCCCUGAGUUUCUCCACCAUAGCUCUUUGCAUCCUUCUCGUGGCGUUUAUUCUAACGUAUCGCUUUGUUGUGGGAAACAACCGCACCCUUGUGGUCGCUUUUACCUUGUUCGUGGCAGCGUUUGCCUGCAUGGGAUGUAUCUUUAUCCCAAAACUUUACAUUAUAUUUUUUAGACCAGAAAGAAACACUCAAACAGCCAAUCACAAAAUGGGCGAGCGGUACGUUUGUAAUGCGGGAACAUCUUCGAGCCAGACCACCUCGGACACUCGGUUGAGCCAGGACCUGGGUCAGGUUAAUCAUGGUGCCAGUGUAACUUUAACCAAUGGGAGAAAGACAUCCCAUUUGUCACAUGAUAACUUGGCGCCAGUCCACGAAAAGACAGAGGAACAGGAUACUGAUGUUUCUGCCCCUGAUGAGGAAAAAGAAAAAGAGAAGGCAAAAAAUGAAGAAGACGUGAUAAAUAGCAUAAGUGAGGUGCUGACUUAUACAGUUGUUUGAUGGGAUUUCGCUCGCAAAAUACGACACAGGUUGAAACGUUGAACUUGAAGAUUACGGUAUGAGAGCCUAGACAUCAGUGGUAAUGAAAAUUAGAAAACGCGCGAUUGACCUUUUAACCCCUAAGAGUGAUUAGCAUCUUAUUUCUCCUGACUGUAUCAACCUUCGAUUACACAUUGAGGUCAUAGGAAUAACUUGAUUGUUGAACAAAUUCUCCUUGUCAGCGCCUUAGGAAAUGUAUAGAGAACAGUAUGGAGAAUAUGCAUACUGAUGUUAGGGUGUAAAGGGCUAAACCGAUAAGUUUAUCGUGAGGAAAACUACAGUAUUGUUUGAAGCUUAACCUUUGUUAAACUUUCAACACGAUGAAUAAUCACAAUUUUGUAAAGACAUCUACGUAUUCAUUAACAUAUAAACGUUUAUAAUGCAAGCUUUCAAUAAUUGUGAAUAUUGAUAUUAUGAUUCAUUUAUGUAGAGCGCCUUUCACGAUCGAAUAUCAUGAAACCAAAACCAGAGGAAUCAAAAUGACUAAUCGGAAGAUAAGAACAAAUCAAAAAGAUGCAACAAGAACUUAAAGUUAAAAAAAUUGAAAGAACCUGGAGCGCGGGAAACUCGGCGAAACGGCAAUUAAUUUUAGUUUUACUUCUGAUUUGCUGCAAAUGUGGUGCAAGUUACUGGUAUAGCGCGUUUCGAUCGAGUUUUUUUAUUUCAGCCAAUCAAAACAAAGGAUAAUACAUUUACUAGCCAAUGAGAACUCAAAGUAAGCAACCAUUCAGCCUAAAGCGCGGGAAAACGCGAGUGACCAGGUCGCGAUUGGUUAUAGUAUCGCAUCUGAUCGGGUUAAGAGAGUGGUGCGAGUUUUUUUUGGACCAAUCACAGAGCGAAGUAAGUGAAAUCCAGUGCAUUCUUGGAUUACUUUAGACAUUCAAUGGAUAAUUGCUCUAUCUUCAUUUUCCAUUUUUUCAUCUCUACUUCGCGUGAUUUCUUCCAAAAUUCAUGGUCUUUAUUAGAGCUUCUCUAGUUCGAAGAAUGUCUGAUUAUGGUAAAAAAAAAAACGACACACACAGUUGAAAGAAAUAUUAAUCACGGUCCUCGCAUGACAUGAUUUUAAAUUAAAGAUUUGAUUUUCACAUUUCAUUGGAUUUUUAAUUAUAUGUAUGAACAAUAUUGUA